GGCUCGGGACGCUUAGCUGAGUCUUCAGCGUAGCUGUGUGUGCAUGUGCAGAAGUGAUCCUCUUUAAGCCGACACCAGUUAAACGCUCCCGUUUUGGUGGCAGGUGCUCGCAUAUCGCACUAACUCACGUCCUAAGGUGCAUUCGGUGCGGGGACACUUGGAGCGACGAAUAUGGCACAGCCUGGACAGAAAGUAAUUUUGAUAACCGGUUGCUCCUCCGGGAUAGGCUUGCGGAUGGCUGUGCUCCUCGCUAAGGAUCCGCAGCAGCGGUACCACGUCAUCGCCACCAUGCGUGACCUGAAGCGGAAGGACAAGCUGGUGGAGGCGGCGGGCGAUGCCUACGGGAAGACCCUGAGUCUGCUCACGCUGGACGUGUGCAACGACGAGUCCGUCAAACAGUGCAUCAACAACGUCAAGGACCGCCACAUAGACGUUCUCAUUAAUAAUGCAGGCAUUGGACUGGUGGGUCCGAUAGAGGCGAUCAGUAUGGACGAGAUGAAGAACGUGUUUGAGACGAACUUCUUCGGGGUCAUACGCAUGAUCAAGGAGGUCAUGCCGGACAUGAAGAAGAGGCGAGGGGGCCACAUCAUCGUGAUCAGCAGUGUCAUGGGCCUGCAAGGUGUGGUGUUUAACGACGUGUACGCUGCCUCUAAAUUUGCCAUGGAGGGUUUCUGUGAAUGCCUGGCUGUGCAGCUUCUCAAGUUUAAUGUGACUCUGUCCAUGAUCGAGCCCGGUCCUGUCCACACUGAGUUUGAGAUGAAGAUGAUCCAGGACGUGUCCAAGAAGGAGUUUCCUGGCGCUGACCCAGACACUGUCCACUACUUCAAGAACGUCUACCUGCCCUCCUCCGUCGACAUCUUCGAAGCCCUCGGGCAGAGGCCAGACGACAUCGCCAUGUGCACCAAGAAGGUGAUCGAGGCGAGCAGCCCGCGCUUCCGUAACCUGACCAACCCGCUGUACACGCCCAUCGUGGCCAUGAAGUACGCCGACGAGACGGGCGGGCUGUCCGUCAAGGCUUUCUACCACAUGCUCUUCAACAUGGGCGGCCUCAUGCACGUCAGCAUGACCGCUAUGAAGUACCUGACCUGUGGCUGCCUGCGGAGCCGCACUGUCUCGCCACACUGACAGGGUGGCGCCGUCGAGCAAGCGAGCAGGAGUGGUUAAGGUUGUGCAUUUAGCAGGCUGUCAUCCCAUCCACAUUGACUAGAGGGCGCCAUUAAGCCAUUUACAUUUAGGAUUGCACAGCUAGCAGACUGUUUCCAAAUCACACGGAUAGAGGGCGCUGUUGAGCUACACCUUCUAGCCGCCUACAUUUUCAUUUUCCAUUGAUGUCUACAGUAUGUGUUCAGCAGGCGCUUUAACCCAGAGACCUGUUCAUUCAACAGACCGUCACUCAGCCAUACAGAUGGGGGGCGCUACUGAGCCACAUCUCUACACGCAUUCUCUACACGCCUGAACACCACGCAAGAUCAGGACAAACAAACAAAGAACAUGAUCACAUUUCAUAAUCACCUCUAAAAGUGUUUUGUGUCUUUAUCAUACAAUCACAGAAUCACACCCAGACAGCCCAACACACACACUUUAUUUUUUUCAACAGACUAGAUAAUAAAAACAGGCAAAUGUAUUUUUAGAUAAUAUAAAGCAUAUAUUUUGCAUAUAGAUAAUUACACAUGGUUUGAAAAUGGUAUAUUUUGAAUAUGUGUCUAUGUGUAUGUCUGAAUAUGUAUUGAUAUGAAAUUAAAAUUAUGUUAUAAUGACAA